CCCACACGUGCAACGGUGGACGACCAACGGCGGGCCUUCACAAUGUCGGCCGGAUCCGGUGGGCUCGGUGGGACAGCCUCGGCCCUGCUGAAAUCACCUCAAACGGCCCUACAGUUGCUGCUGGAGGAAAUCAACUUCCAGCGUACGAAGGAGAUGCGCCAGCUGCUGAAAGACGAUGGUGGAUUUGUCGUCCUGCAGGGUACCACCUACUGGACGGACCUGUUCGUGCGACACUUUCUCUUCCAAUCGGAACCGGAGCACAGUAUCGACUGUGACGAUCUGCUGUUCUUCGUGCGCAAAAAGCACAUCAAGGGUUCGUCCCGUGCCAUGCCGCGGUACGAGACGGAAAUCGAAGUCUUCCGGAAGGACUCGCGCAAACUGCCGAUCGGUGACCCGGACGUCGACUGGGAGGAGACGGUCUACCUGAACCUGGUGAUCCACCAGUUUAACUACACGCUCACAUUGGCCAUCUGUACGCGCACCUCGCCGAAGGAGCUGCAAGUGUUGCGGCGCCACUCGCAGAAGGUGUACGCGUCCCCGAGCCGUCGAAAGAUGGACACUAAGGGUGACAGUGAGGAGAUCACCUAUCCGCACAUCUGCUUCAUGGUGGAUAACUUCGACGAGGUGUUCCAUGACAUUCUGGUGCGGGACGGUGAGAUGGUGUGUGUCGAGCUGGUAGCUACCGAUCGGGACGGCAGCGUGCAGGGCGUCAUCUUUCUGGGCUCGAUCCGUUACGAUGCGCUGAAGAAGGUGUACGACGCACGGCAAUCUAGUCUAGGCUCGAAAGUCGCACAACGAAUGUCUUUUGGUUUGUUUAGUUCUGGUGGUCCACAGACACGGUGCGAGUUUGUACGUAUGAAAGGUCCACAGGGCAAAGGACACGCAGAGAUGGCGGUCACGAAACCUAAAGGAUCGGGUGUUGAAACACCGACCAGUGAGCCAGGGUUCUGUGCCACGGACAUGUGGGACUCGGAAUGGGAGGAAGACUGCGAAGAGUACUACAACUAUCGACACCAGCGCCGGCUUAGCGAUCCCAGCGCCAAUCUAAAUAACUUUAGCCGUUACGGCUGGCGUACGAAGAAUCCGGGCGAUCCAGGCUCGUCGUACGGUGGGUCUAAGGCACGUUCCGAAAACGAAGGGCUGGACUGUCUAGCGAACGAAGUGUCUGAAAUCGAGGCCGGCGAUUUGCGUGACGAGCUUGACGAUGGUGCAUACAAUCCGCUCUGGACAACGAAAGGAUUCACGCAAACGUUUCACUUCUGGAAGGAGAAUCGUCGCCAGCAGUCGACGCCAUUGAACGCCUUUCUCACCUACGUCACGUUGCCGUGGUGGAGUAUAGCGAAAGAUCUUCUAGACCACCGGGAGCAACCGAUACUAACCUUUUAAGCGUAGGGAAGGAAUUGGAA